AUGACCUAUGGUAAGCCGCAUAGCGACUUUAGCUUCCUAAGAAUUCUGCCAAAUAUCAAUGGUCCGCCUGGCUUGGCGCGCAGGCUCUAUUACAAUGUUUGGGAACCCAUCGUGACAUAUGGUGCGCCUGUGUGGGCUGAUGCAAUGAACUAUGAGAAGAACAGGAAUAUUAUAAAAAGGACCCAACGUACUGCCCUGUGCAUUACAUUUACAGCCUACCGCACUGUAUCUCAUGCGGUGCUUUGUGUAUUGACCGGCAACUUACCGAUCAACAUUAAAGCUAGGAUGUUGAAAGAAUCAUACGAGAGAAUGAAGAUUUAUAACAGCCUAGCUGUUGAAGGUGAAGUGAUCGAUAGAUACAUCAUGUUAAAAGAAGAACUGGAUGACAUAAGAAAGAAAGCCCUAAUGGAGUGA